AUGGGCUCGACGAUAUCAAGUUCAAGUCUUUCCGUUUCUAUACCCUCCUCGGCCUCUGCGAUAUCCUCAUUAAUUUCUGCGUCCUCGAACCUUGGCACCGCAUCUGGGUUGUCUUCUGCUGUACCGACGCCUAUCACAUCCGCACCAUCUUCGACCUUUCCGACGAAUCGGUAUCCGAACGGAGUCACCUGUCCACCGCCAAAUAAGGAUGAUUUGAUUCAGUCGUUUACGCUUCAACACGCAGAGAGUGGGCUGGGAAAUGAUUAUUUGAAGAGGAAGAACGUAAUUCGGGUGAGGAUGGAAGGGGAGCAGUUUCUUUUGCAGGCACGAGAUGUAACAGCUGUGGUGGAUUGGAUUGAGGGCUUACAUUCCGCGGCCAACAUUGCGCUAGAUUUAGAUGAGCGGCCUAUGCCGAGAGGUCCGUUGUUUCCUAGGUGA